CACGACUUCAAACUUCUCCAGCUCAACGAACUCGUCAAACACCGUCUUACGAAGACUUGACUGCAAAGGCUGCCGCCAUUGCCAUAAUACAGCAUCAAUGGUGCUCCAGGACGCCACCGGCCCGCCCAACAAUGGCUCUCUUAGCGACGACCCGUUCCCCUCCGACGGCGGCGAUCCAUACUCCACUGCCUCCUCUUCUGCCAGCAGCGUCGAUUUCAGCAACUUGCCUCGGCCGGUGCCCAUAAUCGGUGGCCUUGUUGGGUACAGCAAUCGCCGGAUACAGGCAAACACAAAGCAAGCUCUGAGAGAAGCAGAGAAGGUGAUGAAGCGGCCUAUGACAUAUGAGGAGGCAACAGCACUAUCGUAUAUCUGGGCAAAGAAGUCAUCUAUUGCAUCGUAUGGGGCAGCUCUAGGGGCUGGCGGAGCCUUGUAUCAAGCCUACCGAACCCGCACCGCCUUUCGAUAUCCCUUCUGGACUCCGAAUCCCGAGAAAUUCAACCCAAAUGAAUUCUUCUUCGUGAAAGGCACUUUGGCACGACGCUUGUUCCACACUACCAGGGUCAUACCGUAUUUCAUACUGGGGAGGAUUGUAGGAAGCUUUUUCGGGGAAUCGUGGGGUACAUUCUAUGCUAUUACCCAAACAAAGACAGAUGCAGCGCUGAAGGAGUUCCAUGAGGCCAUGGUGCAGCGCGCAAGCCAGGUCAGAGGCCCUCCGAGACAAUCGGCUCCCGGCCAAUCAAGCCCAGAUGGAAGCGCAUGGCCAAAGCAGCCUUCGAGACCAACGCAUAUUCCGACACCGGCUCAAAAGAACACCACAAAUGACGACGAUAUGUCUCCAACCGCAGGCAACGACGCCUGGUCCAAUUCCUUCGACAGCAGCUCUGAUCUGAGUGACACAUCCGCGGGGCAAUCCCCCACACCGGACACAGCUUACGGUAAAGAGGCCUACAACCGCCCAACCAGGGCACCUGAACGUUCUACGGCUCGCGAUGAGACAUCUCCGUCGUCAAGUGGGAUGUUCCCAGGGGAGACGGAGCAAGAAAAAGCAAGCACGGGAUCGUCAUGGGAGCGUAUUCGCAGGAGUUCGGCAAGUCAAGCAUCGUCUCCCCCGCAAAAAAGCAGACCGCUCCAAGAAACUCAGAGGGAGGGAUCCACACUUGGGGACAGCUUCAGCUUUUCUAGCACAGAUGAGGAGCGACAGUUAGCUAAGGCUGAAGCUCAGCGCGAGUUUGACGCCAGAGUCGAGCGAGAGAGAAAAGGCGAUGAUUUCGAGGACCGAAAGAAAAGAUGGUAAGGCUGGGCAUGGGCGCGUAUCAGUGAUCGUUGACGAUCUGUACUUAAAAAAUGUAUAUCAGCUUGUGUAGGUAUGGCAUGUUGCUAGAAGCUUGCUAUGGUCACUGCUUUCAUGGUAAUCUUGUCAUUUAUUGGUUCAUUGUCUCUUUUCCUGACUUAUCGCAAGAAUUGCUAAAACACAUACUGAAGGCAUGAAAUACCCUAAGUUUCUAUGAAAGGUAGCUAUAGUUUCCAGUGAGAUUACAUCGGUAGGAGCAUCCUGUCGACAUUCCGACCGACCGGGAGCGGUUCCGCGACAGCGCUGGAAGAACAUACGUGGCGAAGUGAAGUCGUUUUUCUUUUAUUCGAAUUUCAUAUACCGGCGGCUUCAUCAUAUUUAUCAGCGGCUCCCAUGGCAAUCACCAGCAUCGAU